AAUACUUUUGUCUUCGUAUGAUGACGUCCGACGCAACGUACGACACAUUUUGAUACAGUUUAUAGCAGAUUGUUCGGUUGUGCGUGUUUUUUUUCCCUUUUCUUCCAUCUCGGUUUUUCGCUCGUAUUUAAUAUAUACACAUACACACAUCGGCUCUUGCUCUCUCUUGCUCCCGUGCCAUUUUUCACUCGUUAUUCAUAUAAUCGCAUAUCAUCUCAACUUUCUCUUGGUUUGCCCAUUUCUCGCUGAAAUAAAUAUAUAUAUUACACAUUGCGAACUCGAAAUACAUUGCUGUUGUACGCGCGCACCCUAUGUUUCACUAUAGCAUCAGCAGCAGCAGCAACUGUGUUUUGUGUGUGUUUUUCUUUAACAAAACGAAAUCCGAUUUCAAAUUCAAAAGAAUAAAAAAGUGAAUCUCGUGAAGCGAGAGAAAAAAAGAAAUAGGCGAGCAUUUUUUUUUGUUUUUGUUCCUUUUAUUUCUUUGAACACAAUAUUUUGUUGCUUUCAAAACGAAACGACAACGAAUGAAACGUGGAAACGAUUAAGAAGGAAAAAAUUUGUGGCUGAAGUGAAAAUUUGUUUGGACAAAAAGAAAACGACAUCGAGUCGUGUGCUUAUUCAGUGCGAAAAAGUGUUUCAACUUAACAUCUUCAAAAUUUGCUUGCUUCCACAGAACAGAAACAAAAAAAAACACUCGAAAAUUCUCACAAAUGAUUUAAUUCUAUUGUAAACAAAAUUGAAAAUAUUGGCUGAACUAAAAAACAGUGAAAUAUUGUGAAAUACAUGAAAAACACACGGGUAGAGAGUGAGUCUGUGUAAUAAGGAUUUGAAUUGGUCUUAAGAAACCAAAGAAAAAGCCGUAUAAUUGACACACAAUCAACAAAGGAAUUGGCAAACAUAAAACAUCAAUAAAUUGCCUUCGAUUCUGAAAUUGAAUGCCAUUGCGGUAAAAAAAACAACAACAAAAAAAUUCAUUUACAAAAAUUACGAUUAAGAUUUAUUAGAAAAGGAGACAUUACAAAAUCAAAUCGCUGAUGCAUGGAACAAUGAGCGUUAUCAUUGUUGUUUUGUGAGAAGCUUUAGAUUCAAAACCGAAAGCUGUUCGAAGUGAAAAAGAGAAAGAUAACCAUCGUAAGAAGGAGGCUACGCAAUUGGAAAGUGAAUACGUUUAAGAUUAACGAAAUUCGACGCAAGAAAAUGCUAUCUUAUGAAAAUGGAACAACACUUUGAAACGAAAACACUUCACAAAUCUUAACAAAACUUAAAACUUAUUAUAAUGAACGAGAGAUAGAGAUAGAUUAAAACCAAUUAUUUCAACUAUCAAGACAAUUUUCAGAGAAUUUAAAACAAACAAUUUUGUUGAUUGUUUGUGUGUGUUUUUUGUUUCGGAAAGCAAUAUAUUUAAGUGGGGGCUCGGUACUGCCAAGGAAACGUAUAUUCUUAAAAAGGAACAGCCACACACAAACACGUGAAUAUAAUACAUUUGCACCAAAACGUAUGGAGUGAAUUAGAUGUGAGCCCCCACCUUGCUAUGAAGCCAAUCAAUCAAAUUGGAAAAUACAGAAACCAAAACACCAAUUCGAAUAAAUAUUGAGAGAGAGAGAGAGAAGAAGAAAAAAACAAAAAAGAAUCCAUCUAGUUCACAUCUGUCGACGCAGCAGAAAAAAAGAAGAAUUAUAUUUAUAAUAUCGGAAAAUUUGAAGAAAAAGCAUUGAGACAGAUACGUCAGUUCAAUCACCGAUUGGUGAAUUUAUACACGUGCUGUCAAUGGUUGUUGGUUUGAUGCUGAAUUGAAAGAGGGAAAUCGGCUUAUGACAGAGGUUUUUCAUCAGAGGCCUGAGCAUGUCGCCACCACCCAUUCGUAAAUAAAGAAUGAAGAAGCAAAAUGUUCGUACGAUCUCAUUAAUCGUGUGCACAUUUACAUAUCUACUUGUUGGGGCGGCCGUAUUUGAUGCACUUGAAUCCGAAACAGAGAAAAAACGAUGGCUUGCAUUAAGUACAAUCGAAGCAAUGAUCAUGAAAAAAUAUAACAUAAGCGCCGAAGAUUUUAAAGUCAUGGAAACUGUAAUAUUAAAAUCGGAGCCACAUAAAGCCGGUCAACAAUGGAAAUUUACCGGUGCCUUUUAUUAUGCGACAACCGUUUUAACAACCAUUGGCUAUGGCCAUUCUACACCAAGCACCAUUGGUGGCAAACUCUUCACCAUGUGCUAUGCUAUCGUUGGCAUCCCAUUGGGACUAGUGAUGUUUCAAAGUAUCGGAGAAAGAGUUAAUAGACUGAGCAGUUUUGUUAUAAAAUCCGUUAAAUCAUCGUUGAAUUGUGAACGUACCGUUGCAUCGGAAUUAGAUUUAAUUUGUGUGGUUACAACAUUAAGUUCGUUGACAAUAGCCGGUGGCGCGGCUGCAUUCUCAAAAUUUGAAGGAUGGAGCUACUUUGAUUCAGUUUAUUACUGUUUUAUUACAUUAACUACAAUUGGUUUUGGUGAUAUGGUGGCAUUACAAAAGGAUAAUGCGUUAAAUAAAAAACCGGAAUAUGUUAUGUUCGCAUUGAUAUUUAUAUUAUUUGGUUUGGCCAUUGUGGCUGCAUCUUUAAAUUUAUUAGUACUUAGAUUUGUCACGAUGAAUACGGAAGACGAGCGACGAGACGAAGCUCAAGCAAUGCAGGCACUUCAAGGUAGAGUGACGCUAGAAGGAGAUGUAAUAACAGCAAAUGAUUCAAUAUUGAGUGGUCAUAUUGGUCACGAAACACUGUCUGUUACUGGUGAUAAUACAUCAAUAUGUUCAUGUCAUUGUGCCUGUUUUAGGGCAAGUAAAUCGAAAAAUAAACAUAGAUUUAAGGUAAGACGCUCUCCAAGCCACAUUCGACAUUUACUACCCACAUCGGUACUGCCAUUGAAAGAAUUUCACAACUACGAUCAAACGUCACAGCAACUCGAUCAAUAUCGCACAUCAUCGACAAUGAAUGAUUCACGUUUAUUAUUGAAUCAUCCGCACCAUCAGGAUUUGCUGAGCGGUGGCGCAAUCAUCACAGAUAGCGCAUAUAUGUACGACAUGGAUUUUGGUAGUGUGAUACCGUCACGAACGCAAACCACAUUGUUACAACAUAAUCUUGGACCACCCGAUUUGCCACCCCUUUAUCAACCUGCACAUCGAGCUUCCAUUUAAAUAAAGGACACUGAUUCGCUGAUGAUCCUACACUCGUCCCUUUUCUUCUCACAACACCAAAAACAAAAGAAUGCAGAUAUAUAAACGGAACAAACAACGGUGAACAAGAUUCAGAUUAUAAAUUUAAAAUGUUGACAUAUUUUUUUUUUCAUUUUCAAACGUAAUUCAUUUUGGUAAACUACUUUUUGUUUUUAACUAAUGAAGCAUCAACAUUUUACGUUUUUCCGCAUCGAUUUUUUCCGACAUUUUGUCGUUUAACAAAAAGAGAUAAAUUGAACAGAAACAACAGCAGUAUUAAGAACCGGAACAUUUUCUCUAGCUCAUAUCGUGGAUAGAAUACAUAUCCGGGCCAAAUGUUAAUAAUAAAUAAAUAAUUAUCCGAAUUGAAAUUUAAUAAUCACUGAAAAUCAUCUGGGCAAUAUCGAAAACAGAAAAAAAAAUAAAUAGACAUAGCAUGGAAAUAUUUGCCAUCGAUUAAACGUAUAAAUAGCAAAUGAACGAUAAAUAUAAAUAUACAUAUGCAAUGAGAUUCUCAGAUUGUACUAAAGUAAAUGAAGACUUCACACAGCAUAUAAAACAAUAUAAAAAUAAACCAGACGAAAUAAAUGAAAACUACGGCCAACAAUAAAAAUAAACAUGGGAAAAACGCUUUUGAUAACGCUAUAAUGAUAAACCAUUUGCCGAAUCGAUCAGAAUGUCAAUUAUCCGUAUGACUAUUUCAUUUCUGCUAUCUAUUCUGAUCAAAGUUUACCACAAAAUACUGAAGAAGUGCACAACAUUGAAUUCAAAGCUUCUUUCUUGACGAAUGGAUGACAUCCAGCCGUUCCACUGUUGUCUGAAAUAAUGAGGUCGAUGUUACUUUAAAUCGUCGUUGUAGUUAAUUAGUUAUCGAUAUGAAACGCAAAUAAAUGAACGGAAUAAAGAGUUAAAUUAAUUGACAACAGACGAUGAGAUCGUUGUUUCAUAACACAUACACGAAGCUUUUGGAAGACAUUUUAAAUGAAAUACACAUAGAUACACACCAUGCAAAAACGUUUUUCAUCAUAAAUAAACAAAAACAAAUUAUAGACAUAUGGACGCCAAUGACGAUGAAUUCACACAUUCACAUUUGUUGUAAGUUCUUUUCCAAUUUCCAAUCUAUGUAUAUCGACGGUGCCAAAUAAUGGAUUCAUACAGCGAAUGAUACCAAAUCUUAAUCAAUGAAAUUCUUCGAAUUCUUCAUUGAGAAAUUGUGUAUGAAAGAGAAGAAGAUAUACAUUAUUUUGGUUUGUGUCCACUCCAAUUCUAAAUUAUUAUCAAAUCAAAUAUCUAUAUUUUGAACACGGUUGUUGCUAAUUAACUUAAAUUAGAAGAAAACAAGCAAACACUUAUACUCGAAAUAAAUUACGUUUUUUCUCCUCCAUUUAUCGAUUUAUCCGAAAAAAAUUAUUUUGAACAUAGACAAUUAGAUAUUUUAGAAUGAAGAAUUAUAUUAUUAAAAUUUAACCAAAUCGAAAUUAGAAAUUCCUUCUUUAAAAAAAUAAAUAUGGACAAAUGAAAUAUAUUCAUAAACGAAUUGAGCCAUUUGAAAAAGAUGUGCACGCAUCUAAGUGAUUCAGACAAGUGAAUUUUUACGAUACAUAAUUCGACGAUAAAUUUCGUCAUACAUUUACAGUUUGAUCAGCAAAAUAAUCGUGCAAAUACAAAUUUUAUUAUACAGAAUUGUGUUACAUAAUAUCGCAUAUCUGAAUCACUCGUAUCGCUUUGUAAGUGUAUUCAUUUGAGAAUUACAUUUGGCUUCUUUUUUAAAAAAAUCGGAAAGAGAUGAUGAGAGAAAAAGAAAUAAAUGAAUAAAUAUCAAAAUGUAGAAAAAAAAUACAUUUUUCGUAUU